AUGCCUCUAUGCUGGAAGAAAACAGCUCCACCGUCUGGUUCACAAUACCCCGCCGAACGUAUCCUUUUACUCCCCCUAGACGUCACUCAACCCCACCAAGUCGCCGAUGCCUUCGCCAAGGCCGAAGAGAGAUUUGGACGCAUCGAUAUCGUCGUCAACAACGCGGGCAUCGCAGAUACUGGGAAGCUAGAGGGGAUGGAAGAUUCGAAAGCGCGCGGUUUACUCGAGACGAAUUUCUGGGGCGCGGUGAGCGUCACAAAGGAAGCAUUGAAGUGUUUCCGAGAGACCAAUCCGCGGGGGAUUGGUGGGCGGUUGCUGAAAAUCUCGUCGUACCUAGGACUUGUAGGGCUGCCCGCAUUGCCCUUCUACUGUGCGGCGAAGUUCGCACUCGAAGGGGCGACCGAAGCUCUUGCCGCAGAGCUGGAUCCCGAUUGGAACAUCAAGGCCACAUGGUCUCCGGAACAUCCAGCAUACUCGAACCCGGCGCUUCCCGCUUCGCAUGCUCGCAAGGUCGGAUGGGAUAACGUAGUGGCGUGGAAGGACAUGAGACGCAGUGCAGAGUUGUUCUACAAGAUUGCUUCAGAUCCUAACCCGCCGCUGCACUUCGUGGUAGGGAAGGAUGCCAUCGAAGCUACCAGAAAGAAGAUCACCGCGUUGGCCGCGGACAUAGACUUGUAUGAAGCGUGGUCUAAUGGUUUGGAACAGUAA